AGGUUGCUUCUGGCGUUGACGGCCAUGCUGGCACACUCUGAGGCGAGCCCGGACUCGGAUGCGUGCCAGCGCACUCUCUUGCUUCUCCAAAAGAUAUUCUCGUUCAAUGCAGCAGUCCUCGAGCAAGUACCCUGGGAGGUGGUGUAGAAUGUCGCUGUUGCAGUGGAGACAUGGCUGCGGAAGCGCCUCCUAGUGGGCGGGUCGGAUGGCCGGCCAUCGCAGUGGGACUUUGAAGUGGCGGCAGCCAGCGGGGUGUUGGCGCGUUGUCUGUUCGCUCCUGCGUCAUCGUGGGCGCGAACGGACGAGCAGAGAGACGCGUCGAUAGUCCGCGUGCGACAAAUCAUCGCCGACUUGGAGGUGUCGUUGCGCCACGCGGUCGUCAACAUCGAGGGCCGCCGCUACGGCGCUGUGAUACACUCGGCGGGUCUGGUCUUGGACACGCUUUGCCACUCUUCGCUCGCUCUCGCUGCCGUUGCUGGCAACUUCGCUGCGGUCGUAGAGGAAACGUCGGCGAUUGGAAACUUGCAGGCCUCAUACGACCCGGUGUGGAUGGACCUUAUCGUGACCGUUCAUCUGCGGCGACUUAUGAGAAGGCUGGAAACAUGUAGAGCUGCUGGAACUGAGUCAGGGAGUAAUUUGAUGGAGGUCCAUUCAUUGGCGGAGGGCCCAAGUCGCUAUGCCGCUGAAGACAAACUCCUCGACUCCGUCUUCACGACCUGACCGCGGGCCGGAAGGUUGCUGACUUCGGAGGGUUCGAAUAUCUCUCC